AAGAUAACACAAAUCACCAAAUAAUAACACCAUUUUACAUUUAUUCCUUCUAUCUUUCUUUUUCAUCAAAUAUCAAUCAAACAUGGCAAGUGCCCAACAAAGCUUCAGUGCAGGCCAAGCCGAAGGCCAGACUCAGGUUCAGGCCGAAAAUUUAGUCCAAUCUACGAAGGAAUCAGCUUCAGCAGCUGUUGACAAGGUUAAUGAAGCUGCCAACACAUCAGGGCAAACUGCUGAGCAAAACAAAGACGAAGCAGCUGGUUUUCUCCAACAGACUGGGGAGCAAAUGAAGACCAUGGCUCAAGGUGCUGUGGAGAGUGUGAAACACACACUGGGAAUGGACAAGAACUGAUGAAGCUCCAUUUCUGAAAGUCUUUCUCUGAUUCUUCAAUUUGAAUGGAGAAGAAGAUCAAUUAUAUAUAUGUUUCUUUGUUUUUAUAGGUUCUUGCUUAUUCCUAGUUGUUAGGGACUAGCAAAUUAAGUAUUUAUUGAUUAAUUAUUGUGGAGUUUUCUUGAAGGAAAAUUCAUUUGUA